AUGCCAAUUAUAGUACGCAGCUGCAAUGGCAUGAGCAUGGAUGAAAUCAAGGCGAAGGUGAAGGAGGCUGGAAGGCCUGUUCUCCUGAAGUUCUCUUCAGAGAGAUGCGCCCCGUGCGAAGACCUGAAGGAGAAGCUCGCCCAGUAUGAGACAGACCUUCAGGUCAACAUCUUUGAUCUCUGUAGAACAAGGACAGCCUCCUACGUUGAGCUCUGGGACAAGUUUUACAUCACUGCAUUCCCGACAAUUGUUCUUGUGGACGAGGAUAUGAACGAGAUGCAGAGCAGCGAGGACUCUGCAGGCCAGGCCGGCCCAUACAGGAUGUCCGGCUCAAACAUCAAGAAGUUCGAUGAGCUUAUCAAGAGGCACAAGCAUCUGUUUGAGUAG